UUUUUAAACUGGUUCUCUGAAAUGUGCAGUGUCGUGGCAUGAUCACCAACAUCACGCAGUGUUUUGAGUUUUUAACGAAGUUGUAAAAGAUUUUUUAUAAUCAGUCGGGCAUGACAAGGAGGAACAAAAUGGAGUCGUUCUUCGCCAAGUCUGUUAAGAUUGCGUCUGUUGUGGCUGCCUACUGGGUUAUUUCUAUUUCUAUGGUAUUUCUCAACAAGUAUCUAUUGAGCAGUGAAGAUUUAAAGCUGAACGCCCCCUUGUUUAUCACCUGGUUCCAGUGUGUGGUCACGGUUGGCUUGUGCUGCAUCCUGAGUGCUCUGUCCAAGGCUUUCCCCAACCAGAUCUCAUUUCCUUCAAUUGUGAUUGACACACAGAUCUUAAAAGGGGUGCUCCCUCUGUCCAUAGUGUUUGCGUGCAUGAUCUCGUUCAACAACCUUUGUCUGAAGUAUGUAGGAGUGGCAUUUUACUACAUAGGACGGUCCCUGACAACUGUCUUCAAUGUGGUGUUCUCCUACACAAUGCUACAGCAGAGCACCUCUUUGAAGGCCAUCGUUUGCUGUAUGAUCAUCAUCGCUGGCUUCUUUAUGGGAGUGGAUCAAGAAGGGGUGGCAGGCUCCCUGUCGGUAAUGGGUGUAUUCUUUGGGGUCAUGGCCAGUGCCUGUGUGGCCUUGAACUCUAUUUUCACCAAGAAAGUCCUCGCCGUCGUUGACAACAACAUCUGGCGACUGACCUUCUACAAUAAUGUCAAUGCCUGCUUCCUGUUUCUCCCCCUUAUGUUGGUGUUUGGAGAAUUUGGAGAAGUCUGGAGCUUCCCAAAGCUUGGGAACACAACAUUCUGGACCUUUAUGACAAUCGGAGGGGUAUUUGGAUUUGCGAUUGGUUACAUAACAGGAUUACAGAUCCAGGUGACCUCUCCCCUCACUCACAACAUAUCAGGAACGGCCAAAGCGUGCGCCCAGACAGUGCUUGCCUGUGUGUAUUACCAGGACCACAAGUCAGUGCUGUGGUGGACCAGUAACUUUGUAGUGCUGUUCGGAUCAGGGGCGUAUACUGAAGUUCGUAGACAGGAAAUGAAAACCCAACAUAAAAAUGACAUGGCAAAAAUUACUCAGAAAAUGGAGCAAGGGGAAGACAACUCCGAUGGAGAGUUAAUAUCAAAGUGAUGACAUAUCUGAAUAUAGGGUACAUAUUAAAUUUGUUUUAUAUGAAUACAUAUUAUUAUUUAUUUAUCCAUUUAUAGUCCAUGUGGAUCAUAUACUUAACUUUUAACUAUGAUUUUGAUGAAUUAUGCUAUAUUUUGUUUCCGAGACAUUUGUUUUCAAACUGCCUGAAAUGUGAAAUCCAUUUUUGUAACUCAUACUGUUAAUGAAUGUUUUGCAGUGGGUUUGCUUGCAUAUUAUUUUAUAAAUGAUGUUACUAUGAUUAAGAUCUUUAAAAAAUGAACAGGUUUUCCAACUUAUCUCUUGUAUUGUGUAUAUGGUUAUACACUUUAUAUGAUGAGGGUCUCCAAAAAGUUGAGGGACUGAUGUCACCUCUUUGUAUUAUAUACAUGUACUCUACCGGCUUAUUUUAUUACAUUUCCAUGAUUUUUCCCCUGAAAAUUUGAUCCUGAUAGAAUUAAAAUAUUAAUAUUUUUGCAUUUUUCUCACUUUCAGUUUACAAUAUGAUUUAUGCAAGUUUUAGAUCUGUUGCUCUUAAGAUGCUACUAGAUUUAACAGAUACAUGUACAAUCUCAAGCUGUAUCGGUAUCAGUGAUGUUGUAUUUUCACAGCAGAUUCAAUAUUCUAAAGAGCUUGUGUACAUGUGUUCUAUCGAAACGCUAAAGAUAAUGUGAACCUGGCAUAGAAUGAACCAGGACCGUUUACCACAGAUUAAUGUUGUUUUUAUACGUAUACAUUAUUUUUAAUUCUCUGUGAUUAAAGUAGAAUACUUUCCAUAAAUUUGGGGUAAAGCAGACAUGUAAGCUUAGAUUUCCCAAGCUCCAUUUUUCUGUGUUGAUGAAAGGAACUGCUAUGCUACAUUUAAAAUAUGUUUCUGUGGAUUUUGGACCUUUUUAUAAUGCUUAGCAUAAAGUGGGUUACAUUAUUAUUUGAGGGCAUCAUUUUUCAUUUCGUUAAUUUCACAGUUUAGGGAUACAUAGAUUCAUGGACAUUGGUCAUAUAAAAAUCUGUUGUUCAUCACAUCACAUUUCACCAAACAUUUGAUUUCGUGUUUAGACAGAACAUCGAUC